CAAACAGACAGCCACAACUCGACCUCUGAAGACGACGAGCCGGCAGUGACGACAGAGGCCGACACGAACGCCAGCCAAUCACAGAACUCGGCCGCGAAGUCUGCCUCGUACAGCUCCGUCUGGCCGCCGUCGGAAUCACGCGACGAGGUCAGCCAAUGCAGCGCGUCCUCUGCCGGGGACCACGUGGGCCGAAACAAGGGCAAAGGGAAAAAGCCGGCCAAGCUCCCCGCGAAGGGCGGCAAGAACGACGGCACGGGUUUGUUCACCGUCCUGAAAGAAGUAAGAGAGAUCCUGUUCGCACCGUACGACCCGUACAGUCACCAGGACGUCGAUGAUGCUGACUUGCCAGAGUGGCGUGGGUUCGAAUCCUCCAAUCAGGACGCCGAUAAUAAACAGAAUGCAGUGCAGUGUGGUAAUUUAAUGCUUUGAGAAUUAUCCCUUCUAAAGUAAUUUAAAUUUUCCCAGCACGAGGUUAAUUUUAUUUAGAUUUACCCAAGAUGUAUCCAAGUUUACAAUUCAAAUUUUUUUCCCAAGAUAUUCUCCAGUAAAUUUUAAAAAAAUUAUAACACAUGGGCAAAGACAACAUAUAGCCCUGGUUUUUGGAAAACUCGUUAAAUUGUCAACUUUAAAAAAAAAAAAGACCUAAUAGUAAACAUUAAAUAAAAAUGAAAUAGUAAUUAUCUUCAUAAUUUAGGAUCAUGUGACAAUUAUGUUUAAAAAUGAGUUUUGUCUCGUUUUCGCUCCCACCCAUAGAAUCUCAAUCUUUAUUCCCCCCCCCCUUCUUCUUUCAGUAGUGUUUCAACCCGACAUCACCCCAUCCCAUCCCUUCAUCGUUUCAUUUCACUAUCUAACAUUCGCCCGUACCUUCCUUCCCACACAAAGGCUGUUUGCCCGAACCGUCCGCCACAGAGGCGGACGCCAAGAGACACACGGUCGCCUCACCGAAGCUGAACUACGACGAGGUCAAGCGGGAGUGCUCCGUUAAAGGUUACGAGGUCCUCCGAGGUCUGUGGCGUGGCGCCAGUCACCAACAUACUAAAAUUUUUCUGGCAUGUAACAGGGUUAAGCCAGAGUUUUCUCCGGUAGGUCAGACGCGAAGCGCUGGUGUUGUUAGUGCCAUGCGUUUGACAAUGCAACAGAGUUCAAGGGCUGGUGUCUAAAUCAGGGUUAGUGUCCCAAUCAGGGUUAGUGUCUAAAUCAGGGUUAGUGUCUAAAUCAGGGUUAGUGUCUAAAUGAGGGUUAGUGUCUAAAUCAGGGUUAGUGUCUUAAUCAGGGUUAGUGUCCAAAUCAGGGUUAGUGUCUAAAUCAGGGUUAGUGUCCAAAUCAGGGUUAGUGUCUAAAUCAGGGUUAGUGUCCAAAUCAGGGUUAGUGUCUAAAUCAGGGUUAGUGUCCAAAUCAGGGUUAGUGUCUAAAUCAGGGUUAGUGUCUAAAUAAGGGUUAGUGUCUAAAUCAGGGUUAGUGUCCAAAUCAGGGUUAGUGUCUAAAUCAGUGUUAGUGUCCAAAUCAGGGUUAGUGUCUAAAUCAGGGUUAGUGUCUAAAUCAGGGUUAGGGUCCAAAUCAGGGUUAGUGUCUAAAUCAGUGUUAGUGUCCAAAUCAGGGUUAGUGUCUAAAUCAGGGUUAGUGUCAAAAUCAGGGUUAGUGUCCAAAUCAGGGUUAGUGUCUAAAUCAGGGUUAGUGUCUAAAUCAGGGUUAGUGUCCAAAUAAGGGUUAGUGUCUAAAUCAGGGUUAGUGUCUAAAUCAGGGUUAGUGUCUAAAUCAGGGUUAGUGUCCAAAUCAUGGUUAGUGUCUAAAUCAGGGUUAGGGUCUAAAUCAGGGUUAGUGUCCAAAUCAGGGUUAAUGUCUAAAUCAGGGUUAGUGUCCAAAUCAAGGUUAGUGUCUAAAUCAGGGUUAGUGUCUAAAUCAGGGUUAGUGUCCAAAUCAGGGUUAGUGUCUAAAUCAGGGUUAGUGUCUAAAUCAGGGUUAGUGUCCAAAUCAAGGUUAGUGUCCAAAUCAGGGUUAGGGUCUAAAUCAGGGUUAGUGUCUAAAUCAGGGUUAGUGUCUAAAUCAGGGUUAGUGUCCAAAUCAGGGUAAGUGUCCAAAUCAGGGUUAGGGUCUAAAUCGGGGUAAGAGUCCAAAUCAGGGUUAGUGUCUAAAUCAGGGUUAGUGUCUAAAUCAGGGUUAGUGUCUAAAUCAGGGUUAGUGUCUAAAUCAGGGUUAGUGUCCAAAUCAGGGUUAGUGUCUAAAUCAGGGUUAGUGUCUAAAUCAGGGUUAGUGUCUAAAUCAGGGUGAGUGUCUAAAUCAGGGUUAGUGUCCAAAUCAGGGUUAGUGUCUGAAUCAGGGUUAGUGUCUAAAUCAGGGUUAGUGUCCAAAUCAGUGUUAGUGUCUAAAUCAGGUUUAGUGUCCAAAUCAGGGUUAGUGUCCAAAUUAGGGUUAGUGUCUAAAUCAUAUAGGGUCUAAAUCAAGGUUAGUGUCUAAAUCAGGGUUAGUGUCUAAAUCAGGGUUAGUGUCUAAAUCAGGGUUAGUGUCUAAAUCAGGGUUAGUGUCUAAAUCAGGGUUAGUGUCUAAAUCAGGGUUAGUGUCUAAAUCAGGCUUAGUGUCUAAAUCAGGGUUAGUGUCUAAAUCAGGGUAAGUGUCUAAAUCAGGGUGAGUGUCUAAAUCAGGGUUAGUGUCCAAAUCAGGGUUAGUGUCUAAAUCAGGGUUAGUGUCCAAGUCAGGGUUAGUGUCUAAAUCAGGGUUAGUGUCUAAAUGAGGGUUAGUGUCUAAAUCAGGGUUAGUGUCUAAAUCAGGGUAAGUGUCUAAAUCAGGGUGAGUGUCUAAAUCAGGGUUAGUGUCCAAAUCAGGGUUAGUGUCUAAAUCAGGGUUAGUGUCUAAAAUAGGGUUUGUGUCCAAAUCAGGGUAAGUGUCCAAAUCAGGGUUAGGGUCUAAAUCAGGGUUAGUGUCUAAAUCAGGGUUAGUGUCUAAAUCAGGGUGAGUGUCUAAAUCAGGGUUAGUGUCCAAAUCAGGGUUAGUGUCUGAAUCAGGGUUAGUGUCUAAAUCAGGGUUAGUGUCCAAAUCAGGGUUAGUGUCUAAAUCAGGGUUAGUGUCUAAAUCAGGUUUAGUGUCUAAAUCAGGGUUAGUGUCUAAAUCAGGGUUAGUGUCUAAAUCAGGGUGAGUGUCUAAAUUACGGGGCAGUUCAAGGGUUAGGGUCUAAAUCAGGGUGAGUGUCUAAAUCAGGGUUAGUGUCCAAAUCAGGGUUAGUGUCUAAAUCAGGGUUAGUGUCUAAAUCAGGGUUAGUGUCUAAAUCAGGGUUAGUGUCUAAAUCAGGGUUAGUGUCUAAAUCAGGGUUAGUGUCUAAAUCAGGGUGAGUGUCUAAAUUACGGGUCAGUUCAAGGGUUAGUGUCUAAAUCAGGGUUAGUGUCUAAAUCAGGGUUAGUGUCUAAAUCAGGGUGAGUGUCUAAAUUACAGGUCAGUUCAAGGGUUAUUGUCUAAAUCAGGGUUAGUGUCUCAAACAGGGUUAGUGUCUAAAUCAGGGUGAGUGUCUAAAUUACGGGUCAGUUCAAGGGUUAGUGUCUAAAUCAGGGUUAGUGUCUAAAUUACGGGUCAGUUCAAGUGUUAGUGUCUAAAUCAGGGUGAGUGUCUAAAUUACGGGUCAGUUCAAGGGUUAGUGUCUAAAUCAGGGUGAGUGUCUAAAUUAUGGGUCAUUUCAAGGGUUAGUGUCUAAAUCAGGGUUAGUGUCUAAAUCAGGGUGAGUGUCUAAAUUACGGGUCAGUUCAAGGGUUAGUGUCUAAAUCAGGGUUAGUGUCUAAAUCAGGGUGAGUGUCUAAAUUACGGGUCAGUUCAAGGGUUAGUGUCUAAAUCAGGGUGAGUGUCUAAAUUACGGGUCAGUUUAAGGGUUAGUGUCUAAAUCAGGGUUAGUGUCUAAAUCAGGGUUAGUGUCUAAAUUACGGGUCAGUUCAAGGGUUAGUGUCUAAAUCAGGGUGAGUGUCUAAAUUACGGGUCAGUUCAAGGGUGAGUGUCUAAAUCAGGGUGAGUGUCUAAAUUACGGGUCAGUUCAAGGGUUAGUGUCUAAAUCAGGGUGAGUGUCUAAAUCAGGGUGAGUGUCUAAAUUACGGGUCAGUUCAAGGGUUAGUGUCUAAAUCAGGGUGAGUGUCUAAAUUACGGGUCAGUUCAAGGGUUAGUGUCUAAAUCAGGGUGAGUGUCUAAAUCAGGGUGAGUGUCUAAAUUACGGGUCAGUUCAAGGGUGAGUGUCUAAAGAAUGAUAAUGAUUAGACCGUGGUCAGGUUUUGCCAUAACAAGUAAACAAGUGGUAGGAGAGAAUCCAAAAGAAAACAAAAACAAAGAACCCGUUGACAGAAAUUAACAGUCAAAAUGAAAUAUUCACUUUUCAAAGAACGUGUCCUAUAAAGGCUAUGUCAAACCAGAGAGUUCCUAAUUCAGAGUCUAACUAAAUGAAAAGUUGUUGAUCAGAAUUGGGGGGAAGAAUGCCCAUCGUGCGGUUUGCAUUCCCCUGCCUUUCCCAUGCAAAAAUAUAGAUUGUUGUUUUUUUAAAAAUUACUAUGCAAACAUGUACUUGUACCUUUAAGAAGAAGUUCUGUUCAGUCUUUGUGUAUUUAAGGACUGCUCAACAGCAGACGUUACAAUCUUAUCAAAUUACAUCACUAAUUCUAGUUCUAGAAAACAAAGAUGUCUAUUUUAAGUGUGUUUCUGUUUGCCAGGUAGAAAUCGUGGCAUUCGAACAGCCAUACAGCAACCUAACCAGCAGCCUGUUUGCUGCGUACGGCAAAGCGACAGCCAGGCACCGCAUCAACAACAGGAUACCAGCGAUACCG